AUGUUGGUCCUGGAGGACGUCUCCCUCCACCGCAUUGUUGGCUUUGGCGCUGUGGUGAUUGAGCCCAAGUUUAUCCGCAACUUGGGAUUCGUUGGACACAUUGAGGACGUGGUCGUUGAUCAAGGCUUGCGACGAAAGGGUCUCGGCCGACGAUUGAUCGAGCGCCUCACAGCCGUGGCCAAACAACGCGGCUGCUACAAGGUGAUCAUCGACUGCGAUGCGCACAACAUCCACUUUUACGAUUCAUGCGGAUUCACACGCAAAGGCACCUGCCUCAGCCAUUACUUUCCCAGCAGUCCGCGGCCCUCAACCAUGAACCUCAUCCCCAAGUAUACCCCCAUGCCCGCGUCCCAUCGUGAUCGAUUUACCAUCCGCCCAUUGGCCCCCGGUGACUACGAUCGGGGCUUUCUUCAGGUUCUGGCACAACUCACUGUGGUCGGAGAAAUGACGCAAACGCAAUUUGCUGAGCGCUUGAAAGACAUGGCAGCCAACGUUCAACACCAUGUCAUUGUCAUGAUUGACACGGAAACGGACAAGGUCGUGGCCGCUGGCACACUCUUUGUUGAGCAAAAGUUCAUCCGCAAUGCCGGACGAGCCGGCCACGUUGAAGACGUGGUGGUAGACAGCUCCUUACGCGGUUUUGGGCUCGGCCGAGCCAUGCUCGAAUACAUCCGCGAACUCGCUCGUGCAGCCGGUUGUUACAAAGCCAUUCUGGAUUGUGAAGAUAACCUGGUUGAUUUCUAUGGCAAGUUUGGCUUUACAAAGGCGCAUUCAAGUGAGUUCAUGGCCCAUUACUUCUAA